UGGCCGAGGGUCUUUUCCUUGCUGGUGGUGGGGUGGAAGGACGCAAGCCAUCAUUGGAAAACGGGGCAAGGGGUGCCUCGAUGCGCACUGCGCGCUCUUGACUUCUGCACGGAGCGGGGGAAAGAAAGGGCUAAAGCCGGAGAGGAAGCCUUUCCCGGGAUGAACGGGGAGCCGCCGAGACGAACAGCUGGCUUGGCUGCGACUAGAGCUCAAACAGAGGAGACCUCUGUGCUUCACCGUAUGUGAGCUGUCCCUAAGAUGCUGAAGGAUGGACGUGGAAGUGAGCUGGGAGUCCGACAAUGACACUUGCGGCACAGGGGAAGAUCGCUCGGAUGACUGCAUUCCUGAGUGCGUGGGUCGGAAUGGGGGCCUCCGGCUAGACAUAGAUGAAGACUACUCUCUGUCUCCCAGCCCCGAGGGCAGCCUUGACGGACCUUCCAGCCGUCAGGAUAUCCCUGUAGACCUGCACUGCGAAGCAGAGGAAAGGAAUGGCACAUACGGUCAGUGGAGCAAUUCAACCACAGCCAGUGUCUUCAUGACCACCAGCACCAACUUUGACCUGCAGUGUGAAGGUGAAGACCCGGAGCUCCGUUCUUCUGCGCACGCUGGAGGCGCUCAGGAGAGGAUGAGCAAGGUUUGUGAGGAUAUUGUCAUCAUCAGUUCUUUAGAUGAGGAGGAGCCGGACCUGACCUACCAACACAAGGAAAGUGGAGAGGAGGUCUUUUGCCAUCUUGGCAGGUUGCAGGAACGCCAGAGGCCCCACGUGGCUGAGCGUCCGUACCGGUGCCCUGUGUGUGGCAAAGGGUUCUUCCGUACGACCAACCUGAGAACGCACAAGCUCAUCCAUUCGAGCGACAGGCCGAACAAGUGCCCAGAGUGCGACAAAGGGUUCCUUCACAAAGCCGACCUCUGGAGACACCUGCGGAACGUGCAUAAGAUAGAACAUUCGAAGGCAUUGAGGAACGGGUCUUUAAUCGUAGUGCCUUCGAAGGCUCAGAGCCAAAGCAGCGAGGGUUUGGCCUCUUCCCAGGUCGAUCUAGGAGAACCAGAGAGAGAACAGCCUAAACCAUACGUAUGCCCCACUUGCGGCAAGGGUUUCCGUACGUCCAACUUGCUGUCCAAACACAAGGUGAUUCACCGGCAGGAUAAACCGUACGAAUGCCAAGAAUGCGGGAAAGCCUUUGUCCAGCUGCUCCGCUUGAAAAGGCACCAGAAAAUUCAUACUGGGGAGCGCCCUUUCCAUUGUGAAGAAUGUGGUGGGGCGUUCACACGCCUGACUUCGCUGCAUCGGCACCAGCGGAUCCAUACCGGAGAGAAGCCCUACUCCUGUGCGUACUGUGCUCAGGACUUCACAGAGUCAGGCUCCUUGAGGAGGCAUGAGCGCAUUCACCAAAUGAAAACUUCAUAGGGCCAUGGCACAUGUUGCAUUUGUGGAUGGGGGCGGGGAAAACAACUGUACACUUAAGACGUCCUGUGUGUACACUUGGAAGUGUAAAGUAUAAAUGUGACAAACAUGUGUCUCGUACAGGUAUGCUUGUCAGGGAAUCGCCACUGAGUGCAGCUCACUUGGUGGAAAACCUAUGUUUUUCUCUGUGUAAUGUGUGAAACGGCCCAUAAACGAAUGCUUGGAGGCAUCAAACCAUUUCUUUCUUCACCUGUGCAAAAUCACUUGGCAACUGCUGUUUGUUCGUAUAGCACAAAAUAUAUGCGACGUCCUUUUAAAUCUCACUUGUCCUUGCAGCAGCCUUCUAACCUAAGUUGUUCAUAACUUCAUCUGGGGAAAUGUCAGACUUGACUCAGCUCCAGUCCAUGUUUGGCUGUCCCAAGUUACACACUGCACAACAUGGCAGGUGUUUCCCAGCAUCCUCUGUGGUGUUGCAAAGGAUUCUGGGGAACAUCUCUUGGUGUGAUCGCUGGGGACUCGCUGGCAUUUGAAGAGAUUUCUGUCCCAGGACUGGCUUGGGUUAGAGUCUGACUCUGCUAAGUAACUGAAAAAGGUGCGGCAUCAGUCGACAAAAUAUGUGACAAAGCACAUAGGUACACAGAUAUUCAAUAUGACAUACAAGAUAGCAUUUCCUGAAACUUCCUGGCAUUACUUGAUCUGCUAAUGCUCUUACUGGAUGGACAUGAUUUAAUGUUCUCUAGAGGACAUGAUUUAAUGUUGUCUCUUAUUAAGUUAAGUGAACAUCAUGCACAUCAGAGGCCGUUUCAAUAAUAAUAAGGUGUGAGCGAGGCCAAACAGCAGAUCGGGACAUCACUUUUGGAGCCCCUCAUUGAUUCAGGGAUGCGGGCAGCUGGGGAUUCCCACCUCUGCCCCCAGGUGGCCUCACUGAGGGGAGCUCACAUUCAAAAAGGAGGCAAACGCAAAGGUCCAUCUGGCGCCAGCCGUCUGCCAAGUCUGGGUAAGCGACGAGGGCGUCAUGUGUGCAUAGGGUUGCCACCUGCUCCUUACAAUAAGGGAUUGUCCCUUAUUCCAAGGAAAAAUCCUGCAUCCCUUAAGGGAAUGUGUGUGGCACUAGCAGCUACAGUGGUACCUCGCAAGACGAACGCCUCGGGCAACAAAAAAAAUCGCAAGACAAAAGCGUUUUGCGAUUUUUGUGAAGACUCACAAAACGAAGUCGUCUACGGCCGUGCUUCGCAAGAUGAAGUAGCCUCGCCACCCUGUGCUCCAGA